AUACAGGACAGAGAUGAAAAAAUGAUUUGAAUACCAGUAAACCGUUCGACGUUCUCUUCUCUUUUUUGAGUGUGCAAUGAAUGUGUAUCACUUUUUUCAGUGCAUCCUCACCAGAUUAUUUUGAACAAGAGCAUCCUUGACGCUCAGUGCCUGUCCCGAUAUUUUCGAUAUUUUUACAUUUUUACAUCAACAGAGAUUAGUAUUCACUGUUUUCUGUUGUAGUUUUACCAUCAAUCUUAUCAUCAGACAUUUUGUCGUAUUUUAACCUGUGGCGGGUGUGUUUUUUUGUAUUAUUGUUUUAAAAUUUGCGAAAUCAUGAAAUUUUGGCUGAUUGCUUUACUGAUAACGUUGGCGCAUUGUGUUGAAGAAAAGGAGCUAACGGAUGUUAAAAAGGAGGAUUGUGUGGAUGUAAUCACAAGCAAUUGUCUCGCAAGUGACGAUUCAACAGAAGAUGUAAAUGCUGAAGUGCCAGAACACUGUCCUGUCGAUAAGCAGACCAGUGAUUAUCUGGUUGAUUUGGACAAAUUACAUUCGAAUUGUGGAUCACAUGGGAUAGACAUCCGUGAACUGACGGUCGGUCAAAUCAACGAACAUUUUAGCAUGGGUACAUUGUCAUCAUUUGAGUUGACAAAAUGCUACCUUACCCGAAUCAACGAAAUGAACAUUCAUCUUCGAUCGGUCAUUGAAGUAAACCCAGAAGCGGCUGCGUUGGCUCGAAAGGCCGAUGAAGAACGAUCCACGCGCUCAAAUAAGAGUCCGAUUCAUGGAAUUCCAAUUCUUCUGAAGGAUAACAUUGGAACGGCAGAUAGAAUGCAAACUACAGCAGGCGCAUUAGCACUAGAACAUUUGAAACCAUUACGUGACGCUGAAGUAGUUACAAGACUUAGGAGAGCUGGUGCCAUAAUAUUGGGCAAGGCUAGCCUCUCCGAAUGGGCUAACUUCAGGGGUAAUAUUCCAAGCGGAUGGAAUGGUCGUCGAGGGCAAACUGUCAACGCAUACGUUUUAAGGCAAAAUCCCUCUGGCUCAAGCAGUGGCUCAGCGGUGUCAGUAUCAGCCAACUUGGCCACCCUAUCUCUUGGUACUGAAACAGAUGGUUCGAUAAUUGCACCAUCGACUAGAAGCGCAAUUGUCGGCCUAAAACCAACGCUAGGCGCAGUCUCAACUACAGGUGUUAUUGCGUUGGCAUUUUCGAACGACGUGGUUGGCCCAAUGGUUCGUACGGUACAAGACGCGAGCAUUUUAAUGGGAGUUAUUUCUGACAUUGACCUGAAGGGAUGCAAUUUGAACAUUUCUUCUUGUCUCCAAGAUCGGGUAUUCAAAAUUGGAGUUCUCAGGGAACCGUUCUGGAACAAAAACGACACUAACGUGGCUCCCAUAAUUCCUGUCCUUGAAAAAUGUCUAAACGAUUUAAAUGAAACUGGCAAGGCUGUUGUGAUGGAUCCGGUCACGUUCCCAUUUAAGCCAAUCGAUCGACUAAAAUCGACAAUUGUCUUUCGACAUGAAUUCAAACAUUCCCUAAAUAAGUAUCUGACCGAGGAUGUUGAGCAUAAGGCAGCCGAUAGAAACAGGACGGUUUACUCGUUGGAGGAUGUUAUAAAAUUCAACGAUUUGAAUCCACCAGUCGAAGGAUACGAUCAGGACACCCUACUUUAUUCGAAUGCAACAAACGGCCUGCAAAACAAAACGUAUGAGUCUUUCCUGCACGACUAUCAACGAGAUGCAAAACAAUACUUGGAUUCAAUUUUUAAUAACACUGGUGUCGAUGCGUUGGCUACACCGUGCCAUAUGAACAGCACUCCACUUCUGUAUUCGCACGGAGCCGCUGCUGGCUAUCCAACCAUAACAGUGCCUGUUUCAACAUAUAAAGCAGGCUUGCCAUUCGGACUAUGUCUUCUGGGACGACCAUCUUCGGAAGCUGUCCUGCUGAAAUUGUGCUAUUUCAUUGAACUAUCACGUCCAGCCGGAAGACCUGUACCGCAAUUCUUGUAAUGUGCAGAAACGAAACAAAACUGAAAAUUACAGCGCUCGUUGUGACGCUAAAUGAAAUUUUAUUUAAUAGAAAAUGAAGAGGUUUUAGAAGAAAA